CUUUGGCCAAAACACAUGGAAACAACCAAUCACUUGUGCGCCGUUUAUUUCGGGGAUUCCGUUCCGUCUCUCCACCCGAGACUGAACGGCGGGGACACACGCCAACUCCUCUAUCAGGCAAUGAUUGACUAAUGUGGGUCUCUAGACAGGUCACAUCCUGUCCGGACCGGGCUGUCACCAUAGCUUUUUUUCUUGUGACAAGGGUCUCAAUCCGAUGCAAUCAACCAUUCCCAAUGAGAGUACGGGAGUCCAAGAUGGUGGUGUCGUUGAUCCACGUACAGAUCUGGUCAAGUCCGGUCGCGUAAUAAGUGGCAAUAACUCACGGUGCGCAACCCCGCAGUGAUUCCUGCCGUGGUGGUUUUGCUCAAAGCUAAGUCUGUCUCCUGGGACCAGAUAUGUUCCCUGAGAUAUUUUUUCGAUCCUCAACAACCACUGGGAUUGUAAACAUCCACGAUUAUGUCACCCGUGAUCACGGUCGCGAUCACUGCCGCGGGUCUGUAUCUGUUGAAAUGGCUUUUCCAGGCAUCCCUCAAGCAGAAAGCGACAUUGGGAAAGCUUCCUCCAGGUCCUCCUCGGAAGCCCUUUGUAGGAAACUUGAACGACUUACCGUCCCAUGAAGCGAAGCCAUGGGAGCACUGGCUCAAGCACAAAGACCUCUACGGCCCCAUCAGCUCAUUGACCGUCAGCGGUCAAAACAUUGUCAUCAUUAAUGACAUGCAUCUCGCCAUCGAACUCCUCGAAAGACGCUCCCUGACCUACUCCUCCCGACCGCACAUGAAUUUUGCCAGCUUAUCGGGUUGGGAUAAGAUGCUUGGCUGUGUCGAAUACUCCCCGCGGUUCAAAGCAAUCCGGAGAGCCAUCCAUCGCCAGGUCGGGUCUAAUGUGUCCGUUUCGGGUUUCCGCUCAGUGCAGGAAGUCGAGGUUCGGCGCUUGUUGUAUCGUUUACUCGAAGAUCCGGCGAACUUGACCAAACAUAUACGCAAGGAAGCCGGUGGGAUCGUGCUGAAGAUCGCAUAUGGCUACAAUGUCGACCCACAUCGGCCUGAUCCUCUCGUGGACCUGGCAGACAAAGCCAUGGAUGAUUUUUCAUUUGCCUUCCUUUCGGGCACUUGGGCCGUCGAUUUCCUUCCGUUCCUCAAACACGUCCCAGCCUGGUUCCCCGGUGCACAGUUCGCAAAAGUGGCAAAAGCGUUCCGAGCGCGCGCGCACGCAUUCAGCACCGUUCCGUAUGACUUCACGAGGGGGAGAAUGGCGAAAGGCGAUUACACGCCAUCCUUCCUCUCCAACCUAUUGGAAGAGGGUGUACCGAAGCCUGGGUCGGAAGAAGAGAUUGUUGUCAAAUGGGCCAGCAGCGUUCUUUAUGGUGGAGGUGCUGAUACUACGGUGUCUACUCUGAGAGGCUGGUUUCUUGCUAUGGCCAUUUUUCCAGAGGUCCAGGGCCAAGCGCAAGCGGAGAUUGAUCGCGUUGUCGGACCCGGCCGUCUGCCUACCUUCGAUGAUCGCGAGAACCUGCCCUACAUCAACGCGAUGAUCAAGGAAAUUCUCCGCUGGCACCCGAUCCUCCCAAUGGGCGCUGCCCACACCUCGAUUCGUGAUGAUGUUUGGGGGGAAUAUGCGAUCCCCAAGGGCACCAUGGUGAUGCCGAAUACCUGGGCUUUUACCCACGACCCGGUCACCUACCCCGAUCCUGAGACCUUCAAGCCCGAACGGUUCCUGCACUCGGAGGGCCAUAUCCCGGAACAGGAUCCUUAUUAUCUGACUUUUGGACACGGACGGCGCGUUUGCCCUGGUCGCACGCUGGCGGACGCGAAUCUAUUCCUCAGUAUCGCCCAGGUCGUAGCUUCUUUCAAUAUCACUAAGCCUAUCCGCAAUGGUAAGGAAGUGGACCUGUCCCUCGAACUUACCAACGGUGUCAUUGUUCAUCCGAAGCCGUUUGAGGUCGACAUUAAGCCUCGGAAUGCUGCUUAUGCAAAAUUGAUUCAAGAUGCGGACCUUCAGUGGGAGGACAGCAACGCUCAUGAACUCUCCGGGCUUGUUUAG